AUGGAGCUGGAGGAGUUGGGGAUCCGAGAGGAAUGUGGCAUGUUCGGAUGCAUCGCCUCAGGAGAGUGGCCCACGCAGCUAGAUGUGCCGCAUGUGAUCACUCUGGGACUCGUGGGGCUGCAGCACCGGGGUCAGGAGAGUGCUGGUAUUGUGACCAGUGAUGGGAAUUCGAUACCAACAUUCAAAACACACAAGGGAAUGGGUCUUAUAAAUCACGUCUUUACUGAAGACAAUUUGAAGAAAUUAUAUACUUCAAAUCUUGGAAUUGGACACACGAGGUACGCCACUACAGGAAACUGUGAAUUAGAAAAUUGCCCGCCCUUUGUUGCUGAAACACUUCAUGGGAAAAUAACUGUGGCGCAUAAUGGCGAAUUGGUAAAUGCUGCUCGCUUAAGGAAAAAGCUUCUGCGUCACGGUAUUGGUCUGUCAACAAGUUCUGAUAGCGAAAUGAUCACCCAGUUACUUGCGUAUACCUCUCCUCAGGAACAAGAUGACACCCCAGACUGGGUGGCAAGGAUUAAAAACUUAAUGAAGGAAGCACCCACGGCAUACUCUCUGACUAUAAUGCACAGAGAUGUGAUUUAUGCGGUACGAGAUCAUUAUGGAAAUCGUCCUCUGUGCAUUGGUCAUCUUAUUCCUGUAUCUGAUAUAAAUGACAAAGAAAAAAAAUCUUCAGAGACAGAAGGAUGGGUGGUGUCUUCAGAAUCUUGUAGCUUUUUAUCUAUUGGUGCAAGAUAUUACCGUGAAAUCUUGCCUGGAGAAAUUGUGGAAAUAUCCAGACAUAAUUUCCAAACUCUUGAUAUUAUACCAAGGUCUGAAGGAAACCCAAUGGCUUUCUGUAUCUUUGAAUAUGUUUAUUUUGCAAGACCAGAUAGUAUAUUUGAAGACCAAAGUUACACAGUAAGAUACCGUUGUGGUCUGCAGCUGGCAAUUGAAGCCCCUGUGGAUGCGGAUUUACUUAGCACUGUCCCGGAAUCUGCUACGCCUGCUGCCCUUGGUUACGCAGCAAAGUGUGGGCUUCCGUAUGUGGAGGUGCUAUGUAAAAACCGGUAUGUAGGAAGAACAUUCAUUCAGCCAAACAUGAGGUUAAGACAACUUGGUGUUGCGAAAAAAUUUGGAGUAUUGUCAGACAACUUUAAAGGCAAAAGAAUUGUUCUUGUAGAUGAUUCAAUUGUGAGAGGCAAUACCAUUUCACCCACAAUCAAAUUGCUCAAAGAAUCUGGUGCAAAAGAGGUACACAUUCGCGUAGCUUCACCACCAAUUAGAUAUCCAUGCUUCAUGGGAAUAAACAUACCAACAAAAGAAGAGCUUAUUGCCAAUAAACCAGAAUUUGAGCAUAUCUCAGAUCAUCUAGGAGCAAACAGUGCUGUGUAUCUGUCAGUAGAAGGACUGGUUCCAUCUGUACAAGAAGGGAUAACAUUUAAAAAACAGAAAGUGAAAAGGCAAGAUAUUAUGGUUCAAGAAAAUGGAAAUGGUCUGGAAUGUUUUGAAAAGAACGGUCAUUGUACAAAGGAAGAUGUUAUGGUUCAAGAAAAUGGGAAUGGUCUGGAAUGUUUUGAAAAGAACCAUCAUUGUACAGCUUGUCUGACUGGAAAAUACCCUGUGGAACUGGAAUGGUAG